AUGAUUACAAUACACGACUUUUCAUUUGAUAUCAAGAGAAACUGUAGAGAGAUAAGGCAGUACACUAGCGAGCCAAGCGGGCUAGUGGAGCAUAAACAUAGAUCGAGAAGAGGCAAAGCUGGUGCUGAAGAGGAAGGCUACGCUGGUGCUGGUGCUGAAGAUGCUGAAGAUGUUGAACCAUCACUUUUAGCUUCCUCUAGUGGCUCCUUCUGUAUAGCAUCAGAGGAGCCAAAUGCGACUCUGAUAAAUGGGGUAGAGCAUCGGAGUAGUUUUGGCUCCUCUGGUUAA